AUGGAGCAAAAACAUAAACAAUCCGAUAUGAACGAAAUAAAAGAAAUGUUUGAUUUUAUUAGAGAAAAUAUGCAAGUAAUGGAUGGUAAACUAUCCGAUGUUAUAAAGGAGCUGAGAGAUACUAAGCUAGAAAAUGCGGCGAUAAAGACAGAAAUUAAAGCGCAAGGAAUAAAGAUUGCCAAUUUGGAAAGGGCGAUUAGAAAGAAAAAUCUGAUUUUUAAAGGUAUUAUGGAAGAUAAAAAAGAGGACUUCGAACUAACCAAACACAAGACAAUUAAAAUUUGUGAAUCCUUGGGAGUGCCUAUGAAACCAGAAUUUGAUGUAGACCAGGUAAGAAGAAUAGGCAAACAAAUCCCAGGUAAACCGAGACCAAUAUUACUACAACUUACAACUACAAAUAAGAAAUUCGAAAUACUAGGAAAAACUAAAGGAUUAAGAGGAUCAAACAUAUGGAUUGAUGAGGAUUACCCAAAGGAAAUACAAGAAGAAAGAAAAAUUCCCAGGUCCGAAAAUAAGAAGUAA